UACUAAGGCUACACAUCCUAGCAGGACUGCAGGACUGCAAAGCAACCCAGCAGAUUCACACUUCUGCUGAUUGUGGGAUACUCACAAACUACUGUGGCUAUGAAUGUAAUGACUGUCAACAAAGAAAGGAGCAGUUAGCUGUUGAAUUUAUACUCUGGGGUGCAGAAAAGUUCUGGAAGGAUUAUUGAACUGCCAAGGGGCAUAUAUACUUCAUCGCUGAGCUCAUUUGCUGGCAUAAAAACCUUAAGACAUCUUCUGAUCCUAGUUAGAAAGUGGCUCCUCCAUUUGAGACCCAGCAACAGCCGACAGAAAAAGACUCCAGUAUCUCUGGUUACAUCAUGGUGGUACAGAAUAAUCUGGAUAUCGGGGAAACCAGGAAAGGAAUCCUGCUGGAACCAUUCAUCCAUCAGGUUGGAGGACAUAUGAGCAUGAUGAAGUAUGAUGACUGCACUGUCUGUAAGCCACUUGUCUCUCAAGAGCAAUGGUUCUAUGAAGCUCUUCCAACAUCAAUGAAACAGUUCACUCCUUGUUACAAAGGUAUAAUAUCUGUGUACCUCAAGAAGGAUAGCAUGGGAAAUCUGAAUCUUGUAGCCUGUCCACAGACAGAUAAUCACAAUUCCUUGGAUAACAUCUCAAAGGAGUGUUCAAUGAAAAUAUGGCAGAAACUCAACCAAGCAAAAACCAGCAAGAAUGAUCACACAUUUGUCAAAUGGAAUCACAGCCCAUUCACAAAUGUCAUUGAAAGCAGCUGCCAUGGGAACACACGACUGCAGACAGAUCUUCAGUAUCACCAAGAUGUAUCAUCACUUAUGGAGGAUGCCAAUGGGAACCAAGAGGCAAAUAAAAGCUUUAAUCCUUGGGGAUUGCACUGUCACAAACAGCAUCUAAAUCGCAUGUCUUCCAAGUAUAAGGAGAAUAAACCUCAUCAAUUUCUCUUACUAGAAAAUGUUGUAUCCAAAUAUAAAUACCCAUGUGUUCUGGACUUAAAAAUGGGAACCAGGCAGCAUGGUGAUGAUGCAUCAGAGGAGAAGAAAGCACGCCAAAUAAAGAAAUGUGAACAGAGUACAUCAGCCUCCCUUGGAGUCCGUAUUUGUGGCAUGCAGGUUUACCAGGCAGAUACCAUCCAAUAUAUUUGCAAGGAUAAGUACUACGGACGAAAACUUUCACCAGAUGGCUUCAAGCAAGCCCUUUGCCAGUUCCUUCACAAUGGGAAUCAUUUUAGAACAGACCUUGUGGAACCAAUUUUGUUUCAGCUGAAUACUCUGCUAUCUGUCAUCAAAAACCAAAAUUCUUACCGGUUCUUCUCUAGCUCACUUCUCAUAAACUAUGAGGGACUGGAGAAAACAAUGCCUUCAGACAAUGACCCUCAGGGACACUAUCAAAACAUAGUCUGCUCUGCUUCACAUGGAAAUAGCCAUCCUAAAGUUGAUGUUCGCAUGAUAGACUUUGCUCACACAACUUACAAAGACUCAAGAUAUGAGGGACCAGAUCAUGGUUAUAUUUUUGGUCUAGAAAACUUAAUUAAAAUUUUCCAGAGUAUGGGAGAAUGACAAUUACAGAAUUAAAAACAUGAUUUGAAAUAGUAGAACCUGUACUUCGGGCUAUAACAGUAGGAAGCCGUCCAGCUACUACAGCAAUAAAAAGGGCAGUUUGUUAAGGAAAGCUCAAAUGAUACUAUAUGCCACUAUGGAUUGAGCAGAAGUCCUCAUAAUUGUGAACCAUUGGACAAUUUUCUUUUCUAAUUUUACUGUUGCCUAUUCAUGUCAUUUGUGAAAAAGAAUACUUGAAAAGAAUUUAAAGAGUUAAGGACUUUUUUUAAUGAAAAGCCAUUCAGUUUUGCAGGGCAAGCAAGGACCAAGCAUCUAUGAAACUCAUGAAAAGAGCUAUGAAGAUAGGCUGGCAGGUCCUUAAAACAAUUCAGCUUAAUUCAUCCAAUUUGAUGGGUUAAGAAGGACAAUCACAUUUGAACAAGCUUAGCUACUAAACAGCAGUACUUUAAAAACUUUAAAUUAACUCCUUGUUCCUUUGUAUUCCAUGCUAGUGUCUAUGCCAAAGUAUUUUCCAAAGAGUAAGUACAAUUAGAGCCACAAUCAAAAGCAGAAGGUACGAGAUAUUCUCAGAGAAAUAAUGGAAGAUAUUGAUGGAAGAAUAAGAAGAGACUUGUUACAAAGAGGGUGCAAAAUCUGGAAAGAGCAGUUAUGGAGGGAUUCAUACCUUGAUACUUCAGGUCAGAGUUACACUGCAGAGGUGUUAAGACAAUCUUGAAACAUGGGUGUACUGAUAUCAUUAUGGGCCCAAUAAUCCUCUAGAUAUUUUAUAUCAACAUUUCUAUGCAUGUAUGUAUUUUUCUUGCAUGUGGGUAACCAUUACAACAAACUUCACAAAAUGUUUACAGGAGUUUGGAGUAUAUUACUGGUAAAUAAAGAACACUAUUCCCAUGUCAUAUGGAAAAUCCGCUGAGUGUUGUAAAUACAAAAUACAGAUGUAGAAAUAUGCAGGCAAGAUGGAAUGUGAAACUGUAAAUAAAGUGUAUGGGUCUUAAAACGUAUUGACCGUGUCUAUAUUUCCUAAUGCUAUUUCUCACAGAUCUGUCAAUAUUUACAUAAUUGCUGUAAAAUCGUGUUUUCCUAGUUUAAAUAGCAGACCUCCGGGGAAAUCUUUUUGCUAUCUAGAAUAUAUUUCUUUAAUGUGGCCUGUGAGUAACCACAAAUUGUGUGACAGGGAGAUUAAAUCAUCAGGCCAAGUACAUAUUCCACUUAGCCUGCUGCCCAGCUUCAGGAAAUUGCUAGAAAUUAUUCACAGUGUUGAAUACUGUUAAUAUGAAACUUACAUCGCAAAAUCCAAAGCAAUUCCACAUAGACAGUCAUAGGCUCUAGGUGCAAAAGGAUUUGUCUUCAUUUGAGCUGCCUGUCAAACUCUUGCUGUGUCAAAUAUUUAUAAAAUAAUAAUUUGACAUUAAGAAAGCAAUUUAUGCAUAUGUUCAUUUUCUGCAACAAUCUAGAUUAUAACUGUUAUAACUACUAAUGCAGACUAUAAGAUAUUGAGUUAGUUCUUCUGAAUUAAGCAUAUUGAUAUAUAUUUGAUGAACAUCCUUCAACAUUUAAGGGAAUGUAUAAAUAAAAGUUGCAAUUGUAUCCUACUUCCAGGGAGGAUGCCAUAUAAAGUUCAGUGGGACUUAUUACAGCACAGAAUUGUAGAUAACUGUGCUAUAAAACAUCACGGCUGUAAAAGCUUAACUUUACAGCAAGUUCCUCUAAGCAAUUUUAGGGAAAUGGCAUUAAACUCCUCUUUUUGUCUGAGUAAAUAUGCAUAGAAUGGAACAACCCCGUUAUAUCCUAAAUUUCCUGGGUCAAUUCAAUGAGUAUUAUAACCAGAUAAAUGCUUACAUUUUAUUGUAUAAGCAUUGAAUAAAAAUAUUGCAGUUCUAAAAUUACUUCCAGCAAAUCUUUCCUUCCUCUUAAUUUGGGUCUUUCAGAGUUACUGGUCAAGUCUGAUGACUGAGGAAUUAUACUAGAGAAUAUAGUGCCCUGAAAUUAUGAUGUACCCUAUGAAAAAGCAUCUGCCUAACUAUAUAUCAAGCAUCUGCCAGCGAUGUCACCACAAAUAAAAUGACAUAAAUGGUGUUAUGCAUCUGCCUCCUGCUCCCAGCAAUAAGAAGUUUCCGGGAUGCCCACACCUAUGAAGGAUUCUGUUCCUUUGUAAAUACAUCACUGGGAGCAAGCGGAGAUGGAACUAACACAGAUGGUAUGGAGAUGGAAUUAACACUCCCACAAAUUCUGAAUUUCCUUCGGAUUUCCUUUGGAUUUCUCACAAUUCUCCAAUUUUGCUCAUUUUUAGCACCAAUCCACAUAUAUCGCUGUCCUUUCCUCAGCUUAGCCCACUCU